AUGAAUAAUUUACAACCACUAAUGAAUGAAGUUCUUGCUAAUUUUGCUGCCAAUAUUAAUUGUGUAAAUAGUACAAAUAUUCAUUCAUCAACACCAAACAAUACUAUAUUUCCAACGGCACUUCAAAUGUUAAAUCAUACUAAUAUAACAUUACCUUCUUUAUAUUCUUUACAAUUGUAUUUAUUAUCCAACCAAAUAAAUCUUGAAAGCCUUUUUCAAUUGCCUGGAGAAAAACAAUUAUCUCCAAAAAUAAACUCUCCAACAUUUCAUUGUAAUUCUUUUAUAAAGCAGGAAGUAACGGAUAAAUCUAAAGAGAUUUCCAAUAAUAAUAAUAAUAAUAAUAAUAACAAUAAUUUUUCUAUACGAAAUAUACUGUCACCAAAUAUUAAAAAUGUUUCAAGUACAAAUAAUUCCUCAAAAUUACAAUUAACAAAUAAUGAAUGUCAGGUAGUUGAAAAUAAUGAAACAAUUGGAUAUACAAUGGAUGCAUUAUUAAUGACUGAUGGUAGAAGUAAAAAAAAAAAGUACCAGUCAAAUUCUCCUGAUUCAAUUGUUUCACAACCUAGUACAUCAUCUAAACAUGUUUGUAAUGAGUGUGGUAAAAGUUAUGCAACAUCUUCUAAUCUUUCAAGACAUAAACAAACACAUAGAUCAUUAGAUUCUGAACAUGCAAAAAAAUGUCCUCAUUGUGAUAGGGUAUAUGUAUCAAUGCCAGCUUUAUCAAUGCAUUUAUUAACUCAUAAAGCUCAACAUAAAUGUACUGUAUGUGAUAAAGUUUUUUCAAGACCAUGGUUAUUACAAGGACAUAUGAGAGCUCAUACAGGUCAAAAACCUUUUGGAUGUGCUCAUUGUGGUAAAAAAUUUAGUGACCGUUCAAAUCUUAGAGCACAUAUUAUAACACAUACAGGGAUUAAGAAACACAAAUGUGACAGUUGCGGAAAGAUGUUUGCUUUAAAAAGUUAUCUAAACAAGCAUAAAGAAUUAGUUUGUCCAAAAAUAAAGAAAGAAAGGGAAGCAUUAUAG